AUGAAGCUCCUCGCUCUGGUGCUCCUGCUCUCCUCUUUCUCCUCACUGACCCUGAUGGAGGUUGUUAAAUCUUUUAAGGAUGACGAUUUGCCAGAGCUGGAAAACAAAUACAGGUUUGCCACCGUGUACGACACUGUGAGGAGGAUCCCUGUUUACUCGGCCUACACAUUCUCAGGGAAAGAACAGAAGAGCCGCAAAAGAGAGUGGAAAAUUGAACCUCAGCUGGAAAAUAUUGCAGAAUAUAAAGAUUUGAAAGAGAUGAUUGAUUCCCCGAGUGAAGCAGGAAAGAUAUUUAACCAGGCCGUGAACUCUGAUUAUAUAAAUAUAGAGUUUACUAGAGGUCACUUGUUUCCAUAUCAGUUUGCUACUGAUCAGGAUCAAGCAGAUUCCACCUUCACUUUAACCAACAUAGCUCCACAAACAAAGGACAACAACCAAAAAUGGGCUAAACAGGUGGAGACCCCGAUACGUAAAGAGAUAAAACAGGGCUGCAAACUUGACGGAAGUCACCUGGUGUACAUUGUGACCGGAGUCGUCCCAGGGAAGAACUGGAUAUCCAUAACAAGAGACGGAAAAGAAUAUCAAGAAGGAGUUAAUAUUCCCAGUCAUUUUUGGAGCGCUUACUGUUGCACCAGUAACAAAGGACAACUCGUAGCGAGGGCCUACAUCGCUGAGCAGGAGAACUUUAAAGUCAAACACUCCAACAUUCAGGACCUGAAUACUGAGCUCACUGAACUGUAUAAAUCAGCUUUCAGUGUGUUUCCAGGAUUAGACUUAAAGUAACAAGAAUACAGUGUGUGUGAGUACGUGCAUGCAUGCGUGCAUGUGUGUGUGAUAGAAUCAGUUCCUGUUAGAAACGUGUCAAAGCAUCAUAAAAAUAUAUCACUUUGUUGAGCUUCUUUUUCUUUUUCUCUUUUGUGCAAAAUAAUCUUAAAAAUAAUAAAAGGCUGGUUAGUUUGAUUCUCUGGCAAUUAAAGCUUUUUAUAAACAAUAUGCAAAUAUUAUGUUAAACAAAUUAAGUACAUUAAUCUCUGUUAAUUCUCCUGCAGAUCUUUAAUAAAACUUCACUGUUUGCUGUGAAA